AUGGAGGUUUACAGCCUAACAGGCAUGGAGGUUUACAGCCUAACAGGCAUGGAGGCCUACAGCCUAACAGGCAUGGAGGUUUGCCAGCCUAACAGUGCCGUCAUUUUGGGGCUAGUGAACUCAGCGUGGAACCUGUGCUCCGUGGGGAAGAGGCAGUCUCCCAUCAACAUCGAGACCAGCCACAUGAUCUUUGACCCCUUCCUCACGCCCAUCCGGCUCAACACGGGAGGACGCAAGGUGGGCGGGACCAUGUACAACACGGGUCGCCACGUCUCACUGCGAAUGGACAAGGAGCACCUGGUGAACAUCUCCGGUGGACCAAUGACGUACAGCCACCGCCUGGAGGAGAUCCGGCUGCACUUCGGGAGCGAGGAUGGACAGGGCUCUGAACACCUGCUCAACGGACAAGCCUUCUCAGGAGAGGUUCAACUUAUACACUACAACCACGAGCUGUAUACCAACUACACAGAGGCGGCGAAGAGCCCCAACGGACUGGUCAUAGUGUCUAUAUUUAUGAAGAUUGCGGAGACUUCGAAUGCAUUCCUGAAUCGAAUGUUGAAUAGAGACACCAUCACAAGAAUAACAUAUAAAAAUGAUGCAUAUUUGCUGAUGGGCCUGAACAUCGAGGAGAUUUACCCAGAAACCUCUAGUUUUAUCACAUAUGACGGGUCGAUGACCAUCCCGCCUUGCUUUGAGACGGCCACGUGGAUCCUGAUGAAUAAGCCAGUGUACAUCACACAAAUGCAGAUGCACUCCUUACGGCUGUUGAGUCAGAACCAGCCGUCUCAGAUCUUCCUGAGUAUGAGCGACAACGUUCGCCCGGUUCAACCGCUGAACAACCGCUGUAUCCGGACCAACAUCAACUUCAGCAUGCAGGGCAAAGACUGUCCCAACAACAGGGCCCAGAAGCUCCAGUACCGAGUGAAUGAGUGGCUGCUAAAGUAGUCUCUCUUGGGUGAGCACAGAAACAAGACACAAUGACAGAGACAGGAGGGGGAUAUGAGAGAGAGAGAGAGAGAGAGAGAGAGAGAGACAGAGAGAGAAGGAAGGAAGGAAAGAAGGAAGGAAGGAAGAAAACAACUGGAAACCGCACCAAGGCUGCAUCUCAUCUAAGAUUAUUUCAUGUAAAAAGAGAAAAAAAAGAAACUGAACAUUAUCAAGUAAAAGACUUUGUGUUGCUUUGCAAAGAGACGACUACUUUUCAUACGUACAUCGAGAACUAUUUGAAUUCCAACACAUACUAACUGACACGUCCAGUACAAAUAUAUCUAUUACGAAACCUGUUUUGAUACUGAUACUUUUUUGGGAGAUAACAAAAUGUUUAAAAUGUACAAAAACACUGAAGCAUUUAUUUCAUACAACCUCUUCUUCACACGGACUGAGUAGGACUGAUUGGGACUUUUAGCCUCUGUACAUAGACACCUUGCUACCAAUGAGAUCUUAAGGACUUAUCAAGACGACGCCCCUAGUGGUUUAGACAGAGAAGGUCUUCAAGGCUCAUAGCUGCGUCGUCAUCACCGUCACUUACAAGGCAUGCCGACUGCAACAAGCCAAGAGAGCUAGACCUUACAGUCUUGCCUUGUAAUAGUAGGUCAUUAUCAAAGCAUCAACGGGAAAGGAUCUUCUGUCUAACUGAUGAACCGAUGAGUGUCUUGGCCUUUGUUGUAUAUAGUAUAAUUAUCAGUACUGCUGAAAAACUGAAUAUGUAAAGAAAAAUACAAAUAAACAUUUUAAAAGAUAUAUUAAGAGGAUAAAAAAAGAUGAGUAUUUUAAAGGCCCAGUGCAGUCAAAAAUGUGAUUUCUUGUGUU